GUCGCUUAGGAGGAGUUAAAUGCGGGACGGAAAAGCAAACAUCGGUCCCUGAAAUCCGACACCAAAGUUCUCAGGCUGGUGAGUGUGGCAGGCAAGGGAGAAAGUGGCUGUGUGUUAUUGCUGGAAUGUAUUCACACCCAGCUAGCGUGUUCAUAACUGCUCCCUAACUGCGUGGAAAGGAAGUUAGCAAUGCAGGUUCAUAAAGAUCAGCACUAUGACUGAUGGGGACUAUGAUUAUCUGAUCAAACUCCUGGCCCUGGGGGAUUCUGGGGUUGGGAAGACAACAUUCCUUUACAGAUACACGGACAACAAAUUUAACCCAAAAUUCAUCACAACAGUAGGAAUAGACUUUCGGGAAAAACGUGUGAUAUACAAUAGCAGAGGACCAAAUGGAUCUUCAGGAAAAGCCUUUAAGGUUCAUCUACAGCUCUGGGACACCGCUGGGCAGGAAAGAUUUCGAAGUCUUACCACAGCAUUUUUCAGAGAUGCCAUGGGCUUUUUAUUAAUGUUUGAUCUCACCAGUCAACAGAGCUUCUUAAAUGUCAGAAACUGGAUGAGUCAACUGCAAGCCAAUGCAUAUUGUGAGAAUCCUGAUAUAGUAUUACUUGGUAACAAGGCUGACUUAUCAGAUCAGAGGGAAGUCAAUGAGAGACAAGCAAGAGACCUUGCAGAUAAAUAUGGCAUACCCUACUUUGAAACAAGUGCGGCCACUGGGCAAAAUGUGGAUAAAGCUGUGGAAACGCUCCUGGACUUGAUAAUGAAGCGCAUGGAACAGUGUGUUGACAAGACACAAGUAUCUGAUACAGCCAAUGGAGGAAGCUCGGGCAAGCUAGAUUCAGCAAAACCAGAGGAGAAAAGGUGUGCCUGCUAGAUUUCACCUCUAAACUGUGAGAACCAAUACGAAUAUUUGAUCUGAAAAAAUUGCUACUCUACCACUAAAUUCAAACCUGGCCAUGCACAGUAAGAAAGUUGUCUUGUUUGGGUUUAUGUUCUUCUCCGAAGAAGAGCUUUCAGAGAAGCUUCUGUGCUGGAACAAGUAUUCCUGUUAUGGUGCCAUGGAAGAUUUAAAAAAGCUUUCAUCCUUAUCCUAAUGCAAUCAGGCUAGAAAAUGUCGGAGUGAUGUUCCCUCCUUCCUUGGAAGGAGCAAAACUUGUUUGUAUGUGGGGGUAAAUAAUUAAAUUGGAUAUUGUGAGAACUAAAAGGGGGCAUUUUGUAGGUCUCUCCUAUGUCUUAAUUGUAUCUUGCUUCUUUAUACUACUUUUUAUUUACAUUGGAGACCAUGCAUCUGCUAAAGAGGAGAUACAAGUAAAGAGUUAUGUGAUAUAUGAAGAAUAACCUUACUUCUUGCUCCAAGCAAGUAGUGGUGUGAAGCUCUCUUGACUGGCUGAAUUACUAAUAAGCUAAUGUAUGAGGAGAAAAGGGUGGAGGCUGCUAUUUAAAAAUAGAACCAGGGCAACAUGCAACAUUAUUUGUUUGAUGGGUGAGGGUAUAGAGAGAAGAUGCUUUAAUUUGCAGAACUAUAAGAAAAGUGGCAAAUCUUGAUGUUUAAGGUCAGCAGAAUUCAUGUCAUGGAGUGUCUUGCAGAUUUCACCAUCUGCAAAAGCACACUUUGCUAGUCAGAAUAAUUCCGUAUUCAACACCAGAAAAAGGCAGAGUUCAUCAGAUAGGAUGUGCAAGGGGAAUUAUGAAAAUGGUGUCGCAAGCUAAAAGUUGCAAAAAUUGUAUAGCACUUUAGA